AUGAUUGCGUGUAUUCAUUUCAUUUCAAUCCAAGUCCAUCAACUUGUUGAAAUGACGGAUACAGGAAACCUCACACUUCUCUCCAGCUUCAUCCUCUUGGGUUUCUCUGAUGCCCCAGAGCUACAAACCACCAUCUUCACUAUCUUCUUAUCCCUGUAUGUUUUAAUGGUGCUGGGGAACCUGAUGAUGAUCCUGCUGAUCAACACUGACCCCCACCUCCAAACCCCCAUGUACUUCUUCCUGACCCACUUAUCUUUCAUGGAUUUUUGCCUUUCCUCUGCUCUCAUCCCCAAAGCUCUGGAGACCUUCCUGAUGGGGAGAAGCCACAUCUCCUUUUGGGGUUGCUUUGCCCAGAUGUUUAUUUUCAUGGCUCUGGCUGUCUGUGAGUGCUUCCUGCUUGGGGUAAUGGCUUACGACCGAUACACGGCUGUGUGCAAGCCCCUGCUCUACACCACUACCAUGACCAGGGCACGUUGCUAUGGCAUGAUGGUGCUGGUGUACACCAUGGGGUUCCUCACCUCCCUGGUGCACAUCACGCUGGCGGGGAGGUUGUCCUUCUGUCAGAACAGGAGCAUCAACCACUUCUUCUGUGAGCUGCCCACCCUCCUGCAGCUCUCCUGCUCAGACACAAGCACAAAUGAGGUCUUGCUUUUUUACAACACCGUGUUUACUGCCAUGGUCUCUCUCCUGAUGAUCCUGGUGUCCUACACCUACAUCCUCCACACCGUCCUGCAGAUCCCUUUGGCCACGAGGAGGAUGAAGGUCUUCUCUACCUGCGCCUCCCACUUGGCUGCCAUCACCAUCCUCUACGCACCCGGGGUCUUCACCUAUGUCCAGCCUCAUGAGGCAUCCUCAUGGGAUCAGGCCAAGCUGGUGUCGGUGUGUUACUCCAUCCUCACCCCAACCCUCAACCCCCUCAUCUACAGCCUGAGGAACAAGGAGGUGAAGGGGGCUCUCAGGAGGCUGUGGGAGCGAAAGCUGCUGCCACGUCUCUGCAGGGUUUGA